AUCAAUCAAUGUGACAGCGGCACGGCGAGAGUGAUUAGAUGUCAAAAACACGUGUUGUUAUUACAGUGAAAAGGGAAAUAAUAUGCGAUUAUUAUAGUUAAAAUGCCUCCAUUCAAGCAAGGAUUACUCAAAAGAAAAGCGGGAUUUGAAGGAUCUCAAAAUGUAUCAUUAAAAGUUUCUAACGAAUCAGAAGAAGAGUCAGAAUCAGAGGAGUUGAUAGCUGGCACACUGGAUGCAGAAGGAGACGCUACCGACUCGGAGCACGAGGCCGGAGAUGUCUCAGAUCAUGAACAAGAUGAGGUACUAUUUGAUGAGAGUGCAGACUCUACAUUUGGAGAUGAUGACCAGCCAGACGACGCUUCAGAUGGAUCAUCAGAGCUAACAGAUUCGGAAGCUGAUGAUGAUUCGGAGGCUGAUGACGACAGCGAGGAGUCGCGGAGCGCGGACAGCGGCGCCGAGUCGCACUCCUCCGCCAGCGACACCAAACCACACAAACAGAAAGCGAACAAGCCAGCUCGCAGCAACAAUAACAGUGACGCCAGUAUAGACAGAUUAGCAGAUACCAUCAAGAGAGCGACUGUUAACAUACAACCAGUAGAACAGAAAGACGAGUACUCGUCGGGCGACACGUCGGACGAGGAGGACCGACGCAACACGCGCGGCGCCGUGCCCGCCUGGUGGUACCGCGACUACCCGCACGUGGGCUACGACCUGGCCGGCCGCCGCCUGCUCAAGCCGCCGCAGCGCGACGCCAUCGACGACUUCCUCAAGCAAUGCGAGGAUCCCGACUUCUGGCGCACCGUGCGCGACCCCAACACGGGCCAGGACGUGGUGCUCAGCAAGCAGGACCUGGAGCUCAUCCAGCGCCUGCGCGCCGGCCACGUGCCCGACGCCGCGCACGACGAGUACGAGCCCUGGGUGGAGUGGUUCAGCCGCGAGGUGCUGGCGACGCCGCUGCGCGCCUUCCCCGAGCACAAGCGCUCGUUCCUGCCGUCGCGCUCCGAGCAGCAGCAGGUGGCGCGCCUGGUGCACGCGCUGAAGAUGGGCUGGGCCAAGACGCGGCGCCAGCUGGCCGACGAGCGCCGCGCCCGCCGCAGCAAGCAGUUCUACAACCUGUGGGGCUCCGGCGACGCGCCGCGCGGCCUGCAGCGCCACAUCCCCGCGCCGCGCCGCGCGCUGCCCUCGCACGCCGAGAGCUACAACCCGCCGCCCGAGUACCUGCUCGACGCCAAGGAGAUGAAGGAGUGGAACAAGCUGAGCGAGACGCCGUGGAAGCGCAAGUACACGUUCCUGCCGACGCGGCACGCCAGCCUGCGCGCCGUGCCGGCCUACGAGCGCUUCACGCGCGAGCGCUUCCUGCGCUGCCUCGACCUGUACCUGGCGCCGCGCGCCAUCAAGAUGCGGCUCACCAUCCGGCCGGAGGAGCUGGUGCCCAAGCUGCCGGCGCCGCGCGACCUGCAGCCCUUCCCCACGAGCGAGGCGCUGCGCAUGCGCGGCCACGCGGGGCUGGUGCGCAGCGCGGACUUCGACCCCAGCGGCCAGUACGUCGUGUCCGGCGGCGACGACGGCACCAUGCGCGUGUGGGAGGCGGCCACGGGGCGCUGCCUGCGCGUGCUGGCGCUGGGCGGCGCCGUGGCGCGCGUGGCGUGGCUGCCGGCGCCGGGGCUGAGCCUGGUGGCGGCGGCCGUGGGCGAGCGCCUGCUGCUGCUGAGCCCGGGCGUGGCGCCGGCGCGGGUGUUGCGGCGCACGGACGAGCUGCUGGAGGCGGCGCCGGCGGCGCGGGAGGCGGUGGAGGCGCGCGUGGCGGCGGCGGUGACGUGGGCGGCGCCGGCGCCGGAGGAGUGGGCGCGCGGGGUGCGCGUGCGGCUGGAGCACUUCCGGCGCGUGACGCACGUGGCGUGGCACGGGCGCGGCGACUACGUGCUGGUGACGCUGGCGGACGCGGCGGCGCGGGCGGUGGUGGUGCACCAGCUGUCGCGGCGCCGCUCGCAGCUGCCGUUCACGCGCAGCAAGGGGCUCGUGCAGUGCGCGCUCUUCCACCCCUCGCGACCCCUCAUCUUCGUUGCCACGCAGCGCGUGGUGCGCGUGUACGACCUGGUGAAGCAGGAGCUGGUGCGCAAGCUGCUGACGGGCGCGCAGUGGGUCAGCCACCUGGCCCUGCACCCCGCCGGCGACAACCUGCUCGUCGCCUCCUACGACAGGAAGUGCGUCUGGUUCGACCUGGAGCUGUCGUCGAAGCCGUACCAGACGCUGCGGCUGCACGGCGGCGCGGUGCGCAGCGUGGCCUUCCACCGCCGCUACCCGCUGUUCGCGUCCGCCGGCGACGACGCGCACAUCGUCGUCUCGCACGGCAUGGUCUACAACGACCUGCUGCAGAACCCGCUGCUGGUGCCGCUGAAGCAGCUGGCGGCGGGCGCGGUGACGGAGCAGCUGUGCGUGCUGGAGCUGCGCUGGCACCCCGCGCAGCCCUGGCUGCUGGCCGCCUGCGCCGACGGCACGCUGCGCCUCUACUCCUAGUUCACAAUAUACGCUUACAGCCA